GCUCGCCCCGUCAGGAAGUGUGUCGCGUUAAAUCCCGAAGUAAUAAUCCUGUUUACCGGGGCCCAGAGGACGCUACGCGGGUGUCGUGUGUGUCCAGGGCGGACGGGUCGUGUGUUCGAUCUUGUCUCCAUAACGGCAUCGCAGCGCUCGUGUGUUUAUGCAGGGUACACGCGCGCGUCUGCUCCGUGCGAGGCGGGGUCUUGUUUUCCUGUGCGGUCGCGCUCUGCUCUUCAUCUAACGCCUUGCCUGACAUGGGAUGCUGCGGCAGCACGGAGCGGACCAAGAGGGAAUGGAGGCCGCUGGAGGACCGGAGCUGUACCGACCUGCCGUGGUUCCUCCUCUUCGUGCUCUUUUGCGUGGGGAUGGGCGGGAUCUGUGGUUUUACCGUGGUAACGGGCGGUGCGGCGCGGCUGGUGUAUGGCUACGAUAGCUAUGGCAACACGUGCGGUCAGCCCAACGAGCAGCUGUAUGGAGUCCGACUCAGUGGCCUGGACCACCGCGACCGCAGGUUUGUGUUUUUCCUGGAUCCGUGUAACAUCGACAUCGUGCAGCGUAAGAUCAAGUCUCUGGCGCUGUGUGUGGCCGAGUGUCCAGGAGAGGAGCUACACACCUACGCCGACCUCAAACGCUUCGCCAUGAUGAACGGCUCUGAGCUGUGCUCCUAUGAGCUGGCCGGUCAUAAGUACCCCAGCCACCCUGACCGCUGGGACAAGUGCCCCAAACUUCCAGUACCCCAGAGUAAGCCGCUGCCGGUGUUUAACCGCUGCACUCCCAUGGACAUCUCGUGCUACGCCAAGUUCGCCGAGGCCGUGGUGACCUUCGUCAGCGACAACAGCCUCCUGCACCGGCUCAUCGCCAGCAUCGCCGCCAGCAAGGAGAUCAUCAUCGGCCUCUGUGUGCUCGCACUAGUGCUGUCUAUGAUCCUGAUGGUGAUUAUCCGCUACAUCUCGGCUGUGCUGGUGUGGAUUCUGACCGGCCUGGUGGUGCUCGGUUCUCUUGGAGGCACCAGUAUUCUGUGGUGGCUGUACAUCGAUCACAGGUUGAGUGUGAACGACACUCAGCUGAAGGACCCGGAGGAAGAGGGAGCGGAGCCAGUGGAGGAGGAGGAGACGAAAGAGAAAACACACGCCCUCAUGAUCUACGCCAUCGCAGCCACCGUCUUCACUGUGAUCCUGCUGCUGCUGAUGCUCUUCAUGCGUAAGCGCGUGGCGUUGACCAUCGCUCUGUUCCGUGUGGCCGGUAAGGUGUUCAUCCACCUGCCGCUGCUGGUCCUGCAGCCCUUCCUCACCUUCCUCGUCCUCCUCGCCUUCUGGACCUACUGGCUCCUGGUGCUCCUCUUCCUCGGCACCAGCGGUGACCCAAUCCAGAAUGAGACUGGCCUUAUUGAGUUCCGGCUGACGGGGGCCAAGCAGUACCUGACGUGGUACCACACCUUCGGCCUGGUGUGGGUCAGUGAGUUCAUCCUGGCCUGCCAACAGAUGACCAUCGCUGGAGCUGUGGUUACAUACUACUUUACAAGGGAUAAGGGGCGGCUGCCCAUCACCCCCAUCCUGUCGUCGGUGCUGCGCUUGGCGCGCUACCAUCUGGGCACCGUGGCGAAGGGCUCCUUCAUCAUCACUCUGGUCAAGAUCCCCCGACUCAUCCUCAUGUAUGUCCACAACCAGCUCAAGGGCAAGGAGAACGCGUGUGCUCGCUGUAUGCUGAAGACUUGUAUUUGCUGUCUCUGGUGUCUGGAGAAGUGCCUCAACUAUCUGAACCAGAAUGCGUAUGCAGCAACAGCGAUCAACAGCACCAGCUUCUGUGUGUCGGCACGUGAUGCGUUCGUCAUCCUGGUGGAGAAUGCGCUCAGAGUGGCGGCCAUCAACACCAUAGGAGACUUUGUGCUCUUUUUGGGCAAGGUGCUGAUCGUGACGUGCACGGCGUUUGCGGGCGUGCUGGCGCUGAACUACCAGCGGGACUACAGUGAGUGGCUGCUGCCUCUGCUGCUGGUGGGGCUCUUCUCCUUCCUGGUGGCCCACUGCUUCCUGUCCGUCUUCGAGGCCGUAGUGGACGUGCUCUUCCUCUGCUUCGCCAUCGACACCAAGUACAACGACGGCACGCCAGGCCGCGAGUUCUACAUGGACAAGGCCCUUAUGGAGUUUGUGGAGAACAGCAGGAAGUCUGCAGCAGCAACCGAACGUGUGCGGAGUCGCGCUCGGGAAGAGGCGGAGCUUACAGCCAUGGUGAGUGAAGGAGAGGGCGAGGAGGAGGAGGCUCCUGAUUGGCCGGCGCCGGAGUGGGAGGAGCUGCAGGAGUUCCAGCUCUACUUCCUGCUGGUGUGUGUGCUGGUGGACUGGGUGGUGUGGGAGCAACCUCUGGUGCUGUGUGUGACGCAGGACGUGCUGCUCUUCAUGUGUGUGUCGCUGCCCACCUCCUCGCUCUUCCUGAUCGCCUCCAUGCUGCAGCCCACACACACACACACCGCCGUGGGGUGUCAGCUCCCAGCAGCGUCAGCAGAGGGCGCCAGCACACAGCCAUCUCCACCACCACCACCUCCAGCAGCACCGUCACCAAAGCCCUCAGCUACCAGUAGAGGGCGAUAACACUUACUACUGCCACGCAGUUAAGCCCUCACCCACCUGUAGAGGGCACUAACACUUGCAGUUAAGCCCUCACCCACCUGUAGAGGGCACUAACACUUGCAGUUAAGCCCUCACCCACCUGUAGAGGGCACUAACACACCACUGCCAUGCAGUUCACCCCUCCGCAGGGUUCAGCAGGGUCCAGCACUAACCUGCGCUACCCAGCGCUACCCAGCGUGUCGAGAUGGCCUCUCUGGCGCCACCUGGUGCUUGUGCUGAUAACACACGCUCACUCACCGGCCUGCUAACUCACCCUCCUCUCACCUUCAUCCUCCUCGUCAUCAUCAUCAUCAUCAGCGCCCCUCUUCUCAUCCAUCAUGCCUCCGUCGGCCGCCGUCUGCCUCCGCACUCCUGAGUCGCAGCUCAACCUUGAACUUUGAACUCUGAACUCUAACCUUUGGCCUUACAUAGCACCAGUGACCUUAGACAGAGAAUGGGGGAAUGGGGGGUGUGAGACAUUCUGAAGAGAGAGAGAGAGAGAGAGAGAGAGAGAGAGAGAGAGAGAGAGAGAGAGAUGAAUAGGAGACCAGUGAAGAGGAAAGGAGGAUAGAUGAGCUGAGUGGAGAGAGGAAAAAAAGAGAGGAGAGGAGAAGAGAGAUGAUGAAAAGAGAGAAAGAGAGAGGAAAAUGAAAGGAUGGGAGUAGAGGGGAGGGGACAAGAGGAGGAGAGCAGAGAUAGAAGAGAGGAGAGGAGGAGAGAUAGAAGAAAAGAGAGGAGAGGAGGAGAUUGUUGCCUUCUGAGACUAGGGAGGGUCUUUGGCAGAGAUCAGGCACCAGGACCGUCCUCAGCUUGAGUCUCCCGAAGACCUUUUUAAAGACAUUCCAAAUGAUUAUUUUUACGUGUAACAUGUUUACUAUGGUUUCACUCCAGGGAAAAUGAUAUUUUAAUAAGAGACUGGAAACAAACAAAACGAAACGAAUAACCGCAUAAUGAAGCACUUUAAACUGGAGCGCUGCACACACACACCCUUCAGUAAACGAUGACGUUUCACACUGAUGUCCUUUUUAUAAGACUAAACCAGUCUGGCGCCACCUAGUGGAGAUCUGCAGUACUGACCAGUAAAAUCACUCCUUCACCGGGGGACAGAGGUUCUCACCACAGACGAGUGUGUAUUUGGCCUCACUGCCCCUGCCGGAGGGUGGUGUGUGUGUGUGUGUGUGUGUGUGUGCGCCGGGCAGCCGAGAGCGCUCACAUCUCACUGCUCGUCCCUCGUCUAACACUCGUUUUCUAAUGCAACGUUCUACCCAAUCACAGUGAGGAGGAGGAGGGGCCUCCAGCGGGGAGAGGAAGGACGCCGCCGCUCCAGAACUCACUGGCACUCCACGCUACCUGCUCCUUUCUUUCGGUCGCUUCGUUUGGUUGCUUGUUUGUUUGUUUGUUUGUUUGUUUUUUUGUUUAUUUGGUGGGUUCGUGUGGAUGGUCAAAGAUCAGACUGUUACCAAGGCAACUGGGCAUGGAGCACCAUCCCACGGAUCCCUCACAAACCCUUGAAGAACCCUUGAUGAACCCUUGAGAACUCUACUAAGGAACCCUGGAGAACCGUCUGCUCUGGACAACCCCAUCGACCGGAGGCGUGUCAGCGGAUCACAUUCUCCUCCCAUUGGCCAGCGCCCUAAUCAAUCACACAGUGGGGGCGGGACUGCUGCCUGGGAGACAUUUUGUGGGUGUGGCUUCAUGGACUCACUGAUCGAACAGAAUGCUAACGCUAACAUUGACAAUACACAGAUGUCUUCCUACUGACACACACACACACACACACACUCACAUGGACACACACACUCACUGCCAUAAAGGUUUCACACACAUUUCCAUUAAAGCAAGCACACUCACUCAAUAGAGAGCACAUACAUGCAUAUGCACUAACACUCAUAGAGAACAGAGAGUAUGUACUUACACCCACACUUAUCGCAGUGACACACACACACACACACACACACACACACACACACACACACACAUACACCUGUGCUCACUGUCCUAUAACCUUUGUAUUGUGCAUUAGGGGUGGGGGGGUUGGUUAUGAACACACACGCACACACAAUCCCAUGUUGAAUGUGUACAAACACAAACCCACGUGCACUUAGUCCUAUCCUGAACGUGCGUGCACACACACACAAACACACACACACACAGACACACACACUGCCUUAUCCAGUUUAUCAUCUGCCUUCAGCUCUACGCUAUUGGUUAGAGACAGUGACCCUGCUCUGCAUUUCGCCCAAUGGGAGCAGAGUGUGGAAUGCCUUAAGCUGGAACCCCUCCCCUUUCUGCAGUGCAUUGUGGGAGCAGGAAAGGACUGUUAAAAUGGCACCGAUUUAAUUUUCAGUUUCACAUAUCCAACCGCGUCAAACACACACGCUUUCAGUCAGCAACCGGGUCCUGCACACACUCUUUCAGUCAGCAACUAGCGUCGACAUCAGACCAACUUUUCCAGUGGAUGCGUUUCCCUCUGAGCAUAGCACAGGUCCACCUGAAGGGGGCGCUAAUCAGCUUCUGCUCUACCCAGGGGGAGGUAUGGGGCCGUUAGUGCUGCUCCACUAGGGGGAGGUAUGAAGCUGUUAAGUGCUUGCUGUGCUGGCCAGAUGUUUGUUAAUAUUCUGAAUGGCAGGGUGGAGUGUGACGUGUGGCUUCUGAAAAAUAGUGGGUCAUGAAGCUACACACUGACAGUUACAGCGAGCUUCCACUCUGCACUACCGCACACACACACACGCACACACAGUAACUGUGUAUUAGGAAAGCAUGCAGUGUGCAUAGCGCACACACACAUAGAUUGGGCACACACCUUUUUAAACUUUAGAGUAACGCACGUCUGUCCCGCUUGUAGAGCGCAAUAGGCAGACGACAGUGACCUUCACACAGGCCUGAGGGAGGAGCCUAUGAUCAGAUUUGUAGGAGGAGCUUAUGAUCAGACAUGUGGGAGGAGCUUAUGAUCAGGCAAAUGGGAGGGGCUUCUGAUCAGGCAUGUGGGAGGGGCUUAUGAUCAGCCACUUUAGUUUUGCUUUAGAGCUUAGAACCCAAUUUAGAGUCAAGUUUGAUUCAUGAGGCAACUCUCAACAUCUCUCCUCGGUCCUGGGACUCGUUCCCACUGAUCUAUAAAGAACACUGAAUAGAAUAUCCCAUUGAUGCCGCCACAUCAUUCUUUAUAGAUCAGCGAGAACGAGGAUCGAGGACUAAGGAGAGACGUUGAGAAGAGGCUAUUGAGUUCCUUGAUCUUGGCUCAUCAGAAUGUUUUUAGAGGAAUAGUUGUUCGUGAGCUCAUCAGAACUUUUUAAGGGAAUAGGCCUAGUUCUUGUCUGGGCUCACCAGAGCAUUUUUAGGGAAUAGUUCUUGUUAGUGGGCUCACCGGAACAUUGUCAGAGGAGUGCCAGUCAGUGAACUCACUGGAACUACCAGAUGCAUUAUAAAGCAUUUUGUACAAAUCACACACACACACACACACAGAGACAAACACACACACAUACACACACAAGUGUAGCGUAGCAUGGUGUGAGAGAUGCUGUAGUAUCCUCUUAAAUCUAAAUUUACUGCAGAGAUUUUGUAGCUCAUGCACAGACAUUCGACACGGUAUGAUGUACUAUAAAACACACCUUUUCUAGACGUCCCAUACGAGCUUAGAGAGGAUAGAGCACACACAUACACACACAUCAUAUCUAUGUAGACAUACACACGUUGGUGCUGUGUGUGCGUGUCUAAACCCUGACUUUGUGGGAUGUGGGUAUUCCCUAUAUAAACAUGCACUCAUAGACAUACACUUUUUUCUAAAUCUACAUGCAUUGAUGCGUACUAUGUGUGUGUGUGGUUGAACUACUUAUUUGUGUGGGAAGGUGGGUAUUUCUUUAUGUAAACACACACACAUACAUACUCAGACACGCUUUGUAAAUGUACUUGCAUUGGUGCAUAAUGUGUGUGUGUGUGUGUUGAACCAUGAGUGUGUUUGGAGGUGUGUAUGUGUGUAAUGAACCCUGCAAACUGCGUUGAGGUCUGUGUGUGUGUGUUGAACCCUGAGCGUGUGUUAUGAGGUGAGGGUUUCAUCUUCUUGUGUGUGUGUUAUGAGGUAUGUGUGUGUGUGUGUUGAACCCUGAGCGCGUGUUAUGAGGUGUGUGUGUGUGUGUGUGUUAUGAGGUGAGGGUUUCAUCUUCUUGUUGUUUUGCCAAACUGACGUAAAGGGACGAAGGGCAUCACACCUCAGUUAGUGAUGUCACUUCCUGUUACCUUUCCCACACACAGCACUGAUCUGAUGUGGGAAGGAAGGGAUGAAAAAGGGAGCGAGAAAGGAAUGGUAACAUGGAUGGAGAAAGAAAAAGUGUGUGUAUGUUCACAAGGGAUGGUGUAGUGUAUUUUAGUGGACAUCAGGCGUUUGUGUGGAGGGUGAGAGUUGUGACGUAGAUGUGUAUAUGAUGGGAGCAGGGGCUUUCGAUAGACAUCUGGUGGGUGUGUGUCCUGAUAAGUGUGUGUGUGUGUGUGUGUGUGUGUGUGUGGUGAAGCAAGGCCUUGUUUAGACCUUCAACCUGCAUUAAUGGUGUUUAACAGUGAACUAAUGUCUUUCUUUCUUUCUUUUUUAUAUUUAUUUCAUAUGUAUUUGUUUUUUAAAGUAAUAAAGGAAUAAAACUUUAAA